UGGGCCUGGUUCUUUGAGGCCCCAUCUCACAAAACAUCAGUCUGCAUUUAGUAGACAGAAGUAACUAGGGAAAGCUUGGUAGAAUUCCAUUUCGUUGAGGCUCCCUCCAGCUGCAGAAUGUGUUUUGGUCAGAAUCACACAUAUAGAGCAAAAGUGCUGAGAAUAGAGCAAUGAUCUCAGCAAUGAAAUCCGAACUUUAUGCUUGCGGAGGCUGAGAGAAAUUCUGGGUGGGUUCUUUUCCCCCCACUUUCCCUUCUCUCUUUUUUGUAUACACAGCCAAAGCAUUUUGAGGAGUAAUUUUGACUAUUUACACCUUCUUGGCAUUUUUGCGAGUUAAAUCUGCCAGUUUUGAAACUUUUUUUUAAAAAAAAAGCUAAUAAGCUGCUUUCAGCUAUGCAUACAUUUUCUGGAAUCUGUUAGACAAAAUGCCAGGACUCUUUAAUGAAGCUUUCUGCACUGAGGAUUUCAUUCGUAUAGCCGGAAUGGGGAAAAAACACAAUAUGCAAGAGGUAAAACUAUCUGCGGAGAAGCUUGCCGAAGCCAUGAUGUUUCUUCUGAUCCUGGUCAUAUUCAAUUUUGGGACCGGGUGCUAACGUACUAUGACAUGUCUCUAGCAAUAAGAAAAAGAAGCUGGGAGGAGCAUGUGACCCAAUGGAGGACUUCACCUUUUGGUUCUAUUGAUUCUAAUAUAUUGUGCAGGCAUGGCCUAGUAGCUGACAACUUGCAAGAAAGGAUGGAAAAGAAUGGACUCCAAAGUGAAGGCUGGAAAGAGAAAAGUGCUUCCUUGCCUGAUUGUUGUCAUGGUGGAGAGCUGAUAGGUUCGCCCUCAAAGCUGCUCGGUAAUGUGUCCAAGGAGGUUGAUGAGAAUGAUAAUCAUCAAGGGGAAGAAGAAUUUCUGUCUCUAGAAGCUAGCACAGAAACUUUGGUCAAUCUUUCCAUUGGGAGUGAUUACGAUGACGAUGAUGGCAAUGAUGAGAAUGACACUGAGGUCGGUCUCACUACAGAGAAAGUCCAACACACGUUUGCUCAGGUUGAGGAGGAAUUGUCAACUGGAAGGGACAGUGUAAAAGAUGACAAAGCCGAGUCCUUCCACCCAAAAGUGGAAGCAAGGAAAGAAUCCUAUCACACCUCUGGACCAAAUCAGAAAAUAGAUGAACUUAAUUAUGAGACAUAUUCCAAAACAGUGGAAGAAGAGGAGACCAUAUACAAUAGCAGAGAAGAAAGUCUGGAAUAUCAUUACAAUAACUCCUUUAAAAACAAAGACACCUUGGGGGAAAAUGGAUGUGAUCUUCCAAAUGUGGAGAUAUAUGUGCCUGAAGAGAUGGCAGUGGAUCAUGUUGUUGUUGCUGCUCAACAGUUCAAAAACUCAGAUGCUCCUAAUGCUGAGAUGGAAAAAAAUGGAAAAAGACUUUUACCUGAUGAGCCUUUUUCUGCUCAGACAAGUGACAGUAUUGAUAUUACUAGAGAUUCCAGUGAUUGUUCUUGUUCCCUGUCAGAGAAAAAUGGUUUAGAUGAAAAUGGCUUUGCAAGCUCCCAGAAUGAAUGUAUCACACGUGCAGAAAGUUUGUCUGAGUUUGGAAAUAAAGAAGCCACACAGCAACCUCCAGAGGGUCAAGUCAUACUACGCAAAAGAAAGGAAGCCAGGGAAGAUCGGGAUCAGUCACGAUUGGACUCCAUGGUACUGCUCAUUUUGAAACUGGACCAGCUGGAUCAAGAUAUUGAGAAUGCCCUCACUGUAGGGUCCUUGCCAUCCAGCAUGCUGGCACAAACACGGAAACCCGUACCUGAUCUGGGAUUAUGUACAGACAGUGGAAUAGAUGUUGCUACACUGAGUCAUCUGCAAACAAGCAUACCGCCAUCUCUUCCUGCUCCCCAUGGUAUUGAUCAAACAUUUCCCAUUCCAAUGGCUGGAUCUGGAGCUAAACCAAAGGCAGGGGCAAUACCUGUUAUCACAGAAAAGGAGAAGGCUGAGAUCGAGGCGAAGGAGGCAUGUGAUUGGCUGCGGGCAGCUGGGUUUCCACAGUAUGCACAACUUUAUGAGGAUCUUAUAUUUCCCAUUGACAUUGCGUCAGUCAAGAGAGAGCAUGACUUUCUGGACAGAGAUGCCAUUGAAGCCUUGUGCAGACGGUUGAAUACUCUAAACAAAUGUGCAGUGAUGAAGCUAGAAAUCAGUCCACAUAGGAAACGGAGUGAAGAUUCAGAUGAGGACGAGCCUUGUGCAAUAAGUGGCAAAUGGACUUUCCAGAGGGACAGCAAGAGAUGGUCCCGCCUUGAGGAAUUCAACGUUUUCCCUCCCAAGCAGGAUGUGAGCCCCUCGUCCCCAGAGGUGCCUUCUCUGAGCAGCGCAGCCAGUCAUGAAAGCAUGCUGACUGACUCCGGUGAUCAUCAGGAAGUCGUGUCAGUCCACAGUAUCAGCAGCAACAGCAGCCAUCCCACAGCCUCUCAGAGUGAAGCAGCCACGACUAGGACCAAUUCAGUCAUUAGCGUUGGCUCAUCGGGCAACCUCGUGGCAAAUGAGGACUCUUUCAGCAGCUUGCCCUCACCUAAAGAGCUGUCAAAUUUCAGUUUCGGUGUGAAAGCUAAUGAGAAGAAUGCCAAGUCCAAAACAAGAAGCCUGCUGAAGAGGAUGGAGAGUUUAAAAAUAAAAAGCUCUCAUCAUGGGAAAAACAAAUCCCCUUCAAAGCUUGGACUUAUAAUCAGUGGUCCCAUCUUGCAAGAGGGUAUGGAUGAAGAGAAAUUAAAGCAACUGAACUGCGUAGAGAUCUCAACCCUGAAUGGCAAUCACAUCAAUGUCCCUAUGGUACGCAAAAGAAGCGUCUCCAAUUCCACCCAGACCAGCAGUAGCAGCAGCCAAUCAGAGACUAGCAGUGCCGUCAGUACCCCCAGCCCCAUUACGAGGACACGCAGCCUCAGCACCUACAGCAAAAGAGUAGGGAUGUACCUGGAAGGCUUUGAUCCUUUCAACCAGUCAACGUUCAAUGAUGUCCUAGAGCAGAACUUUAAAAACCAGGAUAGCUUUGCAGAAGACACCGUCUUCUUCAUUCCAGAAGACCACAAGCCAGGAACCUUUCCCAAAGCUCUCUCCAAUGGGAACUUUGCACCCUCACAGAAUAGCACAACUGUGAACUGGAGAACGGGAAGCUUCCAUGGACAUGGGCAUCUCAGCCUCAGGAGGGAGAACAGUUCCGACAGCUCCAAAGAGCUGAAUAUCGGAAAGAGACGCAAUUCCUCCAGCUCCAUGUGCAGUCGCCUCAGCAUUUAUGACAACGUUCCAGGCUCAAUUCUCUAUUCCAGCACAGGCGACCUGGCCGAUCUUGAGAAUGAAGACCUUUUCCCUGAACUCGAUGACAUCCUGUACCAUGUCAAAGGCAUGCAGAAAAUUGUGAACCAAUGGUCAGAGAAGUUUUCAGAUGAAGGAGACUCAGACUCGGCUCUAGACUCAGUAUCUCCAUGCCCUUCAUCUCCCAAGCAGAUCCUCCUUGAUGUGGACAAUGAUAGGACAAUAGUCAGUGAUCUGGACAGCACAGGAAAUUCACUAAAUGAUACCGAAGAGCCUGCGGGGCUUCAGGAAAGGAGAGACUCUGGGGUGGGUGCUUCGCUGACACGGUCUAACAGGCAUCGAAUGAGGUGGCACAGCUUUCAGAGCUCCCAUCGGCCAAGCUUAAGCUCAGCAUCCUUGCAGAUUGAUUGUCAGUCCGUGGCACAGAUGAACCUGCUGCAGAAGUAUUCCCUUUUGAAAUUAACUGCACUCCUGGAGAAAUACACACCUUCUAAUAAGCAUGGAUUCAGCUGGGCUGUGCCAAAGUUCAUGAAAAGGAUAAAAGUCCCAGAUUAUAAAGACCGAAAUGUGUUUGGAGUUCCCUUAACAGUGAAUGUCCAACGUACAGGGCAGCCUCUUCCUCAGAGCAUUCAACAAGCCAUGAGAUACCUUCGCAACCACUGCCUGGAUCAGGUUGGCCUUUUCCGAAAAUCUGGGGUCAAGUCAAGAAUCCAGGCAUUACGACAGAUGAACGAAAGCUCAACAGGCAGGGUCAGCUAUGAAGGGCAGUCUGCUUAUGAUGUAGCUGACAUGUUGAAGCAAUAUUUCCGUGAUCUGCCUGAACCACUCUUGACCAACAAACUUUCAGAAACUUUCUUACAGAUCUACCAGUAUGUGCCAAAGGACCAGCGUCUCCAGGCGAUCAAGGCGGCCAUUAUGCUCCUACCAGAUGAGAACAGAGAGGUCCUACAGAUCCUCCUAUAUUUUUUGAGUGACGUCACGGCUGCUGUGAAGGAAAACCAAAUGACGCCAACAAAUCUGGCUGUGUGCUUAGCGCCUUCCCUUUUCCACUUGAACACCUUGAAGAGGGAAAAUUCUUCACCAAGGGUGAUGCAGAGGAAGCAGAGUUUAGGAAAACCUGAUCAGAAAGAUUUAAAUGAGAACUUGGCUGCCACACAAGGCCUGGGCCACAUGAUCGCUGAGUGCAAGAAGUUGUUUCAGAUUCCUGAAGAAAUGAGCAGAUGUCGCAACUCUUACACAGAACAAGAUCUUAGGCCUGUGAGCUUGGAGGAACUGGGGAGAGCUCAUAACUCUAACUCUGAGCCUGCAGACUACCGCUCUUACAUCCAAGACUGUAUGGACGAUUUGCUGAAGGAGAUUAAAGACAAAUUUAAAGGCUGGGUCAGCUGUUCCACCUCAGAGCAAGCAGAGCUUGCCUGCAAGAAGGUUUGUGAUGGUCCACCUCUCCGGUUGUGGAAAUCCACAGUUGAAAUCCCUGCAACUCCUGAAAACGUCUUAAGCCGUAUUCUUAAAGAGCAGCAUUUCUGGGAUGAAGAUCUUUUAGAUGCAAAAGUGGUGGAGACUUUGGAUAGCCAAACUGAUGUUUACCAAUAUGUGCAAAACAGCAUGGCACCACACCCAGCCAGAGACUAUGUAGUUCUAAGGACUUGGAGGAAAAACCUAUCUAAGGGAGCUUGUGCACUUUUAAGCACCUCAGUGGACCAUGACCGUGCCCCAGUGCUCGGUGUCAGAGUGAACGUGCUUCUGUCCAGAUACCUAAUUGAACCAUGUGGAUCAGGAAAAUCCAAACUCACUUAUAUGUGCAGAAUAGAUUUAAGGGGACAUAAGCCUGACUGGUACACAAAGGCUUUUGGACACUUGUGUGCGGCGGAAGUAGUCAAGAUCAGAGACUCUUUCGUUAAUCAGAAUCUUGAGACUAAAGAAGCAAAAUCAAGGUGACAAGUGAAACAAUCCCACAAUUCAUUGGCAUACACAGCUACUUUCAGGAACUGUUGGUGGUAUGCUCCAGAAUGGCUCGUAGUGGGGCCUGCUAAGGUCCUGAAGAAGGAGUAUUUUGAAUGGAUCCGAUAUCUGUGCAAAACUCUGUGGCAAUACCGUUCAUUUUAAAGCUGCUUCGUCUUGAUCUUAGGCCUAUAGUGUAGGCCUUGACUGGAAUAUAUUGGAUGGUGCAACUAAACAAAAAGUAAUAUUAUUCAUUUGUUUUUUUGGAACAGUGUAAUUUGCUUCUGAGAAGCAAAAUUCUUAUUAAGACCUAAAUAUAUUUCUGGAAUAUAGUGGAAACGAUUCAUUCCUAUAUGAUGUUAGAUAUGUGUGUCUGUGUCUGUGUGCCAUUUCUCGAGGGACUGUUUCAUCCACUGGAUUUGUUGGCACUCUUCAAUGGGUUCUUGCUAAUGUAAGUGAAGGAAGGUUUGCACAGAGCCAGAGGUAUGGACUAGAAGGCAGAG